GUUUAUUUUGACGAUUUUGACGUUCGGCUUUUGUUGUACAUAUAUACUAUAUUAAAUAACAACUUCUCUCUUUUAUUAGAACAGAAUAUGUAAUUAAAUCAAUUAACAUUUUUCAAAGUCAUCGUUGAAAAAAAAAUCAUUACGUGAAAAUUAUGAUUUGACGUAUUUGCGUGCGAGGAAGCAAAAUAUAUCGAAUUUGUUUUUUUUGCGGCAAUAGUUUAUUGAUGAAAAUAUAAGUGUUAUGUCUGUGCCUAAUAUUCUUCGGAUUAAUUCCCAAUUACCAGCGGUGAUUGCCUUUGGAAAUCCUCUAUUAGAUAUUAUAACAAAAAUCAAUGGCAAUGAUAUUUUACUUAAAUAUAACCUCAAAAUUGAUGGACAAUCAGAACUUUCCACCGAUGAAACUGAAAAGCUUCUUCAGGAUUUACAACCAGAAUCUGAACAUAUUGUGGCACCAGGAGGUUGUGCACAAAAUACACUGAGAAUUUUACAAUGGCUUUGCGGUGGUCCACAUCAUCCGCAUAUUGGAGUAUUUUACGGAAGUAUUGGAAAUGAUGCGAGAGGUUCGACUUUAGAAAAACUUGUACUUGCUGAUGGUGUUGAUGUGCAUUACGCUGUACAUCCAUCGCUUCCAACUGGUUUUUCGAUAAAUAUAAUAUCGGAUAAUUCUUGGCGUAGUCUUGUUGCAAAUUUAGGAGCGGCUAGUGAAUAUUCCCUCUAUAAUCUUCACAAUAUUAAAUUGCCUUUAGAAACAGUGAGAAUAAUUUACAUUGAGGGUUUUUUUAUUACUCAUAGUCACGAUGUUGCCAAAGAAAUUUGUAAAAUGGUUCAUGGAAAGGAUGUGAUAAUUGCUUUCAAUUUAUCCGGUGAAUAUGCAUUUACGGAUCAUUAUAAGCAGAUAAUUGAAAUGGUGGGAAUGUCGAGAAUUGUUUUUGGCAAUGUGAAUGAAAUGAAAGCGUUGGCACAAUUUUUGAAUAUACAAUUUCAGAAUGUUGAGAAUAUUCCCUUUUUGUUGAAUAGUGUUACUAGAGUUACUGUUAAUAUUACGGAUUCCGAGUCAAAGGAUUGGUUGGCAACAAGUGGAGUAUUUGUUAUGACACAAGGUGGCGAUGGUCCAGCGACCGUUGUCUGGGGUCAGGGAAAUUCUGCUCAGGUUCAUCCGAUAAUUCCAAAAGCUCCAAUAAUUGAUACAACAGGCGCUGGUGAUGCAUUGGUUGCCGGUUUUCUUGCUGGUGUUUUGGCGCGAAAAGAUCCAAAAACAUGUUUAGAAUGGGGUUGUCAAACGGCAUCGUUAAUAGUAACAAAAUUAGGCGUCACUGUGCCAAGUGGAACACCAGAUUUUCUAGAUUAAUUCCUUUUCGUUUCAUCGCUGCAGAUUUUUUUU